GUGCGCGCGAAGGGAAACAGGGCGCCCGAGACGGCCGCUGAGACCUGCGGGGGUUACCUGUCGCGGCUAGCCAUCUGCCUCAGCCGGGUCUUAGGCUAGACCCGGGUUCGGAGUUGGGUCACCAUGAAGUGCCUGGUCACCGGCGGCAACGUGAAGGUGCUCGGCAAGGCCGUCCACUCCCUGUCCCGUAUCGGGGACGAGCUCUACCUGGAACCCUUGGAGUACGGGCUCUCUCUCCGGACUGUGAAUUCCUCCCGCUCUGCCUAUGCCUGCUUCCUCUUUGCCCCCCUCUUCUUCCAGCAGUACCAAGCAGUCACCCCUGGUCAGGACCUGCUUCGCUGUAAGAUUCUGAUGAAGUCCUUCCUGUCCAUCUUCCGUUCGCUGGCGAUGCUGGAGAAGACUGUGGAAAAAUGCUGCAUUUCCUUGAAUGGCAGGAGCAGCCGCCUGGUGGUCCAGUUGCACUGCAAGUACGGAGUACGGAAGACUCACAACUUGUCCUUCCAGGACUGUGAAUCCCUGCAGGCCGUCUUUGACCCAGCCUCGUGCCCCCACAUGCUUCGAGCCCCAGCACGGGUCCUGGGGGAGGCUGUGCUGCCCUUCCCUCCUGCACUGCCUGAAGUGACACUGGGCAUUGGUCGUGGCCGCAGGGUCAUCCUGCGCAGCUACCAGGAGGAGGAGGAGGUGGCAGAAAACACUGUCAAAGCCAUGGUGACUGAGAUGAGCAUUGGGGAGGAGGAUUUCCAGCAAUUGCAGGCCCAAGAAGGGGUGGCUGUCACUUUUUGCCUCAAGGAAUUCCGGGGGCUCCUGAGCUUUGCAGAAUCAGCAAACUUGAAUCUGAGCAUUCAUUUUGAUGCUCCGGGCAGACCAGCCAUCUUCACCAUCAAGGACUCUUUGCUGGAUGGUCACUUUGUCUUAGCCACACUCUCAGAGACUGACCCACACUCCAAGGACCUAGGCUCCCCGGAGCUCCACCAGCCAGUGCCUCAGCUGCAGAAUUACAGCACGCCCCACAUGGAAGACUUUGACAAUGAUGACAUUGACUCUUUCAUGAUUGCCAUGGAAACCACCUUAGGCAGUGAGGGAUCACGGGUGCUGCCUUCCAUUUCCCUUUCACCUGGCCCCCAGCUCCCACAUAGCCCUGACCCCCACUCAGAGGAGGAAGAUGAAGCAGAGCCCAGUACAGUGCCAGGGACUCCCCCACCCAAGAAGUUCCGCUCGCUGUUCUUUGGCUCCAUCCUGGCCCCUGUACAUUCCCCCCAGGGCCCCAGCCCUGUGCUGGCUGAAGACAGUGAGGGUGAAGGCUGAACUGAAGAGCCUGAGGUCUGUGUCCAGAGGCCCUGGACUAGGUGAAGCCCCAUCCAUGGGGGACUUUGCUGGAGCCAAGCUGGGGCUUCUGCCCCACUGGCUAUCCACUGUGGAGCUGCCUGGCCCACCCUGACUAGCCUGGGUCCUGUCAUCAUCCCUAACCAAUCAUGUCUGUUCUUCCCAGACCUGGUGCAAAGCUGCUACCUAGCUAGGGGUUCUUCACCGCUUAGCUAUUAUUGAGCCUUAGGGCAGGGCAGGAAAUUUGUGUUCCUUGGGCUCACCUUUCUAGGAAACCUGGCCCUGCUGGUACUUCACAGCCCCCGCCUUCCCCGGGCCUUUUGUGAAUGAGACUAUUUUUCC